AUGUUGUCACUCAACUUUAUUGUUGGAGAGUUGUUGAAUCAAUAUGUAAAGAUAAAGGAGUCUCAUGUAAUACUCUUUGACUUUAUAACCAAGCAUCCAAAAUAUACUUAUGAAUUGUUGAUCAAUCAACAACGACAACAACAUACAAUUCACAAGGUUGGCAGUCCUCCAACCUCCUCAACGAUCAGACCCUCUUCAUCAUCUUCAUUGUCAUCGAUUGGCAAUGAGCAAUCAUCAUUAACAUCAAGAAAUACCGACAACAUCAACAAUAACAAUGUACAUACAUGUCCUGGCAAUGAGGAGGAACUUCCAACCAAUGACAAUAACGAUAACAAGGAGGAGUCACCUGUAAAUAGACAAUCAAUCGAACCAUCCUUGGAGUUGCAUGCUCCACAAGAACAUCAACAGGUGGAUGCCCCAUCUGGCAACAACGACAACGACAACGACAACAAUACUGAUCAACAACCAGGAUCACAAAUCGAACCAAUGUCCAGUCCAGACAUUAUCAAUAUCUCUUCCACGAUUGACGAAGCCAGCCAACGAUCACAGCCACCAGCAUCGAUCAAGCAAGUGGCACUGAUGAGCACACAAUCGCAGUACACACUCCCUCCUCAGCCGUUUGAUUGGACAACACCACCCGAUGAUGGAACGUCCCAUCAGCUGAUUGGCGAGUACCAAUCAUUGAAGAAGGACUUUGAGCACAUCCUCAACUCGAACGAGGAGCACGUCAACAAGCUAAACGAGUUGUGCACAAUGUUCCUCAAACACUUUGCCGAUGAACAACAACGACAUGGCCAUCUCCCUGUUGUGGAACAUGAUGAGGUGAUGCAGGAGGAGCAGCCCAAGCACCACGAGUACGACAACAUCAAUCAAGAUACAAUCAUCGACAUGGAGUUGUUGGAAGAGAUAUCCAAGUCCAGGGGACAUGCCGGCGCAGACUCCAACAAGAACACAAACACACAUAAUGAUGAUGAUCAGACUAUUGAUGUCGAUCAGCUGUCUGGUACGCUGGCCAUGAACGUGGAGAAGCUGUUGGUGGUCAACACCAACUUCCAGUACAUCCUGGAUCAGUUCAGGGACAACAUCAGCCAGUUGUCCUCGUCAAUGGAGGCCAAUACCAAGUUGAACAAAUGUUGUGCGUUGGUUGAGCACCUGAUCGAUCGACUAAAGAUCAAUGGCAGCGACUUUGCCUCAAUAUACUCGGCGUUGGAGCUCAAGUUGGUGCAGCUGACCACGACCACCAUCACAACGACCACCACCAUGAUGUCUGCCUCGCUGUCCUCACGAGGCUUUGACGACCACAAUGACAGCAACGAGAGCAUCGAGCUGCAGUUGGACGACGAGGUGCAAGCCAAGAUCGCCAAUCUCGAGCAGGAGAACAAAACACUGAAGGACUUGGACAACCAGCGCAACCUGGUGAUCGAGAAGCUCACGACCACACUAGACUACUUCACACAAAAGCAAAAGGAUGAGAUGCCCGAGUCCGAGGAGGAGAUAUCGUCGCAGCGACAGGUGGUGGACGCAGAGAGACAGCGAUUCAUCGACCGGAUCAAAGAGCUGGAGCUGGAGAAUGCCGAGCUUGCAUCGACCAAUCAUCAGAACAUAUUGCAGGCAGAGAAUGAGAAGCUGAACGAGUGUGUGCAUCGUCUCGAAGACAACAACAAGCAUCUGGUCGGCCAGGUCGAGGAGCUGAAGCAACAAGUCAACGUUCUGGAGGUGGUCAGACAGCAAGAGCCAGAGUCAGAGACAGAGGCUCGGGAGCCUGAGCCAGAGAAUGACAACGAGCCAGAGCAACCACGCCCGACUGACUCAUCAUUGGAGCGAUCAUUCCCCGAUCGAAGCAUUGAUGAUAUUGAGAUGGCCGACAUGCCAACACAGCCCCCAGCUGUCGAUGGAUAUGAGAGAAUGUACAUGGAGGCUCUUCAUCUGUUCAACAUCGAGAACAACAACAACAACAACAACGUGGGACAAUCAUUGCAUGGUGCACUGCUAGACAAGAUACGCACAAUGUUUGAGACAAACAUCAGACAGUCCAACGAACUGGAUUCAUUCCGCACAGUGGUGACUGAGCUCCAGACCGACAAGAUGCGCUCGACCGAGGACAGAGAACGACAGAUCGAGCUCCUGCUAAAGGAGCGUGAGUUGAUGCGCUCGGCCAAACAGGCGCUCGAAGACAAGAUCACCACAAUGAACCAGGAGAUCAACGAUGCCUCCUACAACCUGAUCUCACAACAAGAGAGCUGCAAUGCACUGGCGCAGCGACUGACCGAGCACAGGCAACAGGUGGACGAGAAGGAACACCAGCUCAGAGAGAUGGAGAGGAGUGUGGACGAGUUGAACAGGCGUCUACUGAACGCUGCGACCAAGUCCGAGGAGGACCAAUUGGUGCACGACCACGCAGUUGAAACCCUGAAGGAGAAGAACGUCAAGAUGGAGCAGAUCAUCGAGAAGCUUGAGGAGAACAUCAAGACCAAGGAUCUGGCCGCCAGUCGCCGGGCUUCCCAGCUGGAAGACCAGCUCCAGAUCGCCAACAACCGGUGUGCGGUGCUUGAGUCUGAGCGCCAGGUGGAGCAAGAGCGCGCCAAGUCACUGACCAGCAACAGCGAUCAGAUCACACAACUGCGAGCCAUGAUGGCCGAUCUUAACGAGUCAAAGAAGCAGUUGCAGAUCGAACACGACAACAUGGCCGAUAAGAUGCAUGCUCUGGACGAGCGAGUCAAGGAGCAGGACGAGGAGAUCGAGCAUCUGAUCAAACAAAAGACAGACUCCCAGCUUCAGAUUGCGCCGCUCAAGGAGGAGGUCGACAGCAGCAAGCAGAUGCUCGAGACCCUGUUGAACGACUACACCAGCAUCAAAACACUAUACCACGAGAAGACCGAGGAGCUCGAGCAUCUGAACAAGAAGUACCAGGCGAACAAAACAGCAGCUGCAGACGCCAAGACCCGAGCGGACAGCCUGGAGAACGAGCUAAAGACGUGCAACGACAGACUGGACCAGUGCAACGAGCAGUUACAAUCAUCCGCACUCAAUCUCCAAUCGACCACUGAGACUCUCAAGCUCACGACCGAGACACUCACUAAGAAGGAGAGAUCGUUUGAGGAGGCCAAGGCCGAGCACACCAGGAUGAGGAAGGAGUUGGGCGAGGCCAAGGCCCUGAUCGAUAUGCUGCAGUCAGAGAGUUCACAGCAAUCCAACGUGUACAAGAGGCAACAAGACGAGCUAAAGCAGGCAGCGUUAGACAGCAACUCCAAGCUAAUGGAUUAUAUGCGCGAAACCACCGAGUACAAACCAAUGUACGAGCAACUGUGCAUUGCCAACGACGACUUGACCAUGAGGUGCGACAAUCUUACACAAGAGAAGAGCAGGCUCAUGUCUGCGCUGGAGCAGCUCAAGAUUGUUAAGGAAAGCUCUGGUGGGCCUACCAAGGAUGUCGAGCUGAGGACUGCCAGGAAAGAGAUUGAGUACCUAAAGGCAGAGAUCGAUAAGAUGACUCGAGAAAAGGCUGCAGUGGCCCAGCCCCAAACACCAGCUCUACCACAACGCCCUGUCCAACUACUGCUACUGCCACAGUUUCAACCACCGGCUCAACCACAACUCCCUAUUCAACCACAAGCAGUACAACAACAACCACCUCAGCAAGCGUUGACUUUGCCAAAGCCUGCCCUACCAAGGUUGAAGCUGAAGGUGCCCGCAUUGCCAAGUUUGUCCAAUGGUGCACCUCCAACAACUUCAUCGUCAUCACUGGCAACAAAGAAGAGACCGUUGGAUGUAGUGGAACCAACAGUGACAUCUUCCCCCUCUUCAUCAUCGUCAUCAUUGGCCGACGCUAACAAGAAGCAACGUACUGGUGUUAACGGUGGCACCAGCGCCAGUUCCAGUGCCAGCGCCAAUGCCAGUGCUAGUGCCAGUACCAGUGCCAGCGCCACUACCAAUAUCAAGCCAUUUGUGUUGUUCACCAACUUUAAGGAUGAGAGUGAGAAGGCUGAACUUAUCCAAAAGGCAGAGAUACUAGGAUGCAACGUUAGAAAGACUCACGAGUUUGAUCGAGCCAUCACACAUGUCGUGACUGCAUCUACCAAGCACACCAUGAAGACAGUCUCUGCCGCACUCACACACAAGUGGAUAUUAUCCAAGCAGUGGAUACUCGAUAGUGUGAAGGAAGGUCAUAUAGUUAGCGAACUUGAGUAUGGAAAGAAGUAUGAUGCUACUCCAUUCUUAAACAAGAAGUUCUUGGUCACAGACUCGUUCGUGGCAUCAAACAAGGUGAGCAAGCAGAGUAUACUAAGCUUGAUCAAGUCCCUGGGCAAAGGAGAGAUUGUCGAGGAGGAACAGCAGGCCGAUCAUAUUUUGGUUGGACCCGAGUUCAAGAACAUCAACAAGCAACACAUGACAUGGUCUGGUUUCAUUUCCCUAGCCACCGACAAGUGA